AUGUCAGUGUCAUCAUCAUCUCGUUUUUUUGACACCAUUAGUGAAUGUCUCACCCUAGUUCAAUCAGAUUCCCAUGAAACUCAAGAGAAAGCCCUUCAAACGCUUGUUUCCAUCACCAAGGUAAGUCCCCAAAAUAGAACCUUUCUCGCUCAAAUAGAUGGAGCCAUCCCAACAUUAGCUACACUCACAAAUUCUUCCUCCCCCAUUAUCCAAACACUUUCUUUGUUGAUCCUCUUCAACCUUUCCUUGAAUCCUGAUUUAAAGCAAUCUCUUGCAGAUAUGGAAACUAUUUAUUACCUCAAUUCCCUCAUUAGCUCCUCGUGUUCUCUUGAUUCUUGCAAAUUGGCCUCCUCAUUGAUUUGUAGUUUAGCCAUGCUUGAUAAAAACAAAGCCAAAUUUGGGGUGGCAGGUACAGUUCAGUUGCUAGUGAAAGGUAUUGAAGGCUUUCAUGAUUCUGAUGCACAUCACCUUUUGAGUUCUUUGGCUGAACUUGUCAAUUUCCAUGGAAACUGCACCUUGGCUGUGCGAGCUGGUGCAGUUCCAGUGCUACUAGGAGUUGUUCAAAGCACUGAUAACGAGGACUUAUCUUCAACUUCACUUACUGUUCUUGGUCUCCUUGCAAGGUUUGAUGAAGGGUUAAAUGGUUUGAAGAAAAGUGAUGAGAUAAUUAAGUCAAUGUUAAGUGUGUUGAAAGGGAGGUCGUUGUUGAGUAAAGAGGGUGCAGCUGAUAUCCUUCUUCGCCUCUUUGAUGAUAGUGAAAGUUGUGUCACAGAGGCUUUGAUGUUACCUGAGUUCUCAACUGUAUUAGCUGAUCUUUGUGUGAGGGGUUCUGUGAGAGUUCGAGAUAAGGCUGAUUUGUUAAUGAGAAAGAUGGCAAAGUUGAGCUUAGACUCUGAUAUGGAACCAAGCUUCCUAUAA